CCAAAAAGCGACAAUCUUCUCUCCCGACAUCGAGGACCACCCCGGCAACCACAUCAAAAUGGUGAGUACCUUUUUGAACACUGCGUUAAGAAAUACGAGGAGGAAUUGUUUUUCGUGGAUCACGGAGCAUCACACUCGUCCAAAGGGACCGGAAUGGCUUGCGUUAUGAUGGCAAUCCAACGUCCUGCUGUGUGCCUGUGUGGCCCUUGUAUCCCGGAUUUUCGACUGCCACCGUCACCAGUUUUACGACCCGUGCCCUGUUCUUGAAAGAAGGGGGAAAAUUUUGUGUUUUGGAAUCAGGAAAUUUGGCUACUGGACUGGAUUGCUGAUGGGUUUUUUUUUCUUCGAUCAGGUCCGUUACGCUGCUCAGGAUAUUCCGGCCGCAAAGAGCGCCCGCGCCCGGGGCUCUUACCUGCGUGUCAGCUUCAAGAACACCCGCGAGGCCGCCCAGGCUAUCAACGGCAUGAAGCUCCAGCGCGCUCUUACCUUCCUCGACAACGUCAAGAACAAGACCGAGGUUGUUCCCUUCCGACGAUUCGCUAGCAGCACUGGCCGCAACGCCCAGACUAAGCAGUGGGGUGUCGCCCGUGGCCGCUGGCCCGUCAAGUCGGCUGAGUUCCUCGUCGACCUCCUCAAGAACGCCGAGGCCAACGCCGACACCAAGGGCCUCGACACCGGCAACCUUGUUGUCAAGCACAUCCAGGUCAACCAGGCUCCCAAGGGCCGCAGACGUACCUACCGUGCUCACGGUCGUAUCAACCCCUACAUGACCAACCCCUGCCACAUCGAGCUCAUCCUUACCGAGGCUGAUGAGGAGGUCCAGAAGGCCUCCGCUAUUGACCGCAAGGCCCACCUCAGCUCCCGGCAGCGUGGUGCUCAGAUCCGCCAGGCCCUCACUGAGGCGUAAGCGGACUGGGUGUCGGGGAGGAGUGAAUGAAGUGGUCAGAAUUUGAAUGGGAUAGCCGGAGUUUUUCUGUUGUACGGAACAAAUACCUGGUCACGGAAGAAAAUACAAAAGAUUCUUUCAAACAAAAGAAUAUAUUCCUCUGAAAAAGCUAUCCGAUCUACAAGAUUUACAGGCUGAGCGACGGAAAUCAGUCUAAUUUUUGCACUGCAUGGCGGACCUUGUAUAACUGUUUUUUACCUGGAUUCGGCACAAUACAGCCACUACCACCAAUGAUCUCUUUCUCCUAGAGCACCAAUAAAGGCUAAGUAUGGCUUUUUUCCACCUUUCC